AUGGAACCAGUGAAGGUCCUGUCCUACGCAGAGCCCCUGGACACCAGGAUAUCUGACCAGUACGACGGGAGUCCCAAGGCAAUUGUUAUCUUUGACGAUCACAAGACAUUUCUAGCUCGCCACGAAACCCCCAUUUUGACCAUCUAUGAAGCUCGCAGCUACUUCAAGAUGCGGCAUUCUGUUCUCCUCGAGAUUUUUCCAUCGUACUCGUUGGGGACGUACAUGGAUUCGCUCGUCAUAGUGUUUUUGUGCCCCAUGGAGUGCGCUGCCUCGGCAUUGCCAGUGUACAGCACAGUGAGCAUAUACGUGUGCAAGACGGCCCGCCCCGCAGAGUCCGGCCUUCUGGGUAGGGCGUCGGCGCUCUCGCGCUUCUAUCAUGAAACAAAGUUCUGCUCUGCCUGUGGCUGCAUCCUUAAGCGCAUGCUCUCCCCGCAGCCUCUGAGGUGGGAGCACCGUCACAUGGGGGUGAAAUUCACACACAGGUGCGUCAUAGGAAAGCAAUGUAUACUUUGCAAGAAGAUCCAGCGCCCACCGUACUACUCUAGCGUGAUCGGUAUCGUCGUGUCAGAUGAUAAGGCGCUAUGCUAUCAGCGCAGAGGGAGCCUCUAUACACAUGUCGCGGGGUUCGUUGACCCGGGCGAAGCAGCGCGGACAGCUAUGAUUCGGGAAGUCAGAGAAGAGAUGGGAAUGGCCCUUGACCCCGGGGGCUGCAAACUGAUGUCUCUUGUCCAGCCCUGGCCCACCAGCUCCAGCCUAAUGUUUGUGUUCUACUGUGCAGCCAGUAAGAUGGCAAGCGCUCUGCCUCUGUCCUUCAAGGACUGUGAAGCCUCAGACGGGUUCUGGGCUGAUCUAGCUAGAUAUAAGGGUGCAAUCCAAGACGAAAGCAUAGCAGUAGAAUCCCGGCAGUGGCUUCUCCCAGAUAAGAAGAGUGUAGCACGUUGGAUGUAUGACGUAUUCUUCAGCUCCGUCAGCUCCCGGCCCGAAGUCCCUCGUCAGUAG